GCAAACAAUGUUUCUGCAAUGAUAAAAGAAGCUGGCCCAGUAACCUGGCGAUUAAUUGAUGUUCAAUUUUGACGGCGCUGGACUAAAAAGAUAUCUUUGCAAAUGAAGGUCGUGAAAAUACAGUCUAAUACAUAGUAACGUGAAGGUUUCACAGUAGCACAACAAAAAACAUAUGUACUGAUUCUUAGUAAAAGGAUCUCAUAGAUUGGGAAGAAAAGAUAACAAAGGGAUUAAUUGUUUUCAUUUCAUUGGUGAACAACAGCUUUCCCGCUAUCCACUUGUGCUAAAGAGUAUUGUCUGGAAACUUCAAGGCGUGUACCAAAUGUUCUUCUGAUAAAGAAGUCAUCUGAUUGGUUGCUACAAUAAGAACUUACACACAAAUAUUACGCUGAAUAGAAUUUUUACAAAGCCUUAAACGAAUUCUGUGUUUCACCUGAAACGAAGUGGUAAGGAAGAAACAAAACAAGCUAGUCACAAGAGAAAAUUGGGAAAGCAAUGGCAAAUUUGACAAAGAACAUUACCACAACCAGCAAAACUCGAGGAGAAAUUUAUGUUUAUUGGGAAAUAUGGUCAAUUCUCAUUCUGCUGGGGAUAUUGAUAAUAUUAGGCAAUUCCCUCGUUUGCUUUAUUUUCUUGAAAUGGAAGCAACUGCGAAAUCCAACGAACACAUUUUUAGUUAUGCUGGCGAUUGCAGACCUUUUAAUAGGAGUAGUUUUCAUACCAUUAUACAUUGGUGGGCACUAUCUGGAGUAUUACCAUCUUGUUUCAGUCACUGAAAAUCUCGAUUUAGUUCUGAAGCUGACAUUCUUUGCCUCGGUGUUCAACCUUUAUGCAGUCACUGCAGACAGAUACAUAGCAGUGCUUCACGCAUUACGAUACAACGCAUUGAUGACAACAAGGACAGUGACGCUGAUCGCCUUGGCAGCUUGGCUAUGCCCAGCCCUUCUCAUUGUCAUGUUACUCAUUUGCAAAUUCGUCGCACCAGGUUUCACAUCAUACGUCCUCUUUGCGAUGGCAAUCGUCUUUGUCAUCAUACCAGGAAUCCUCAUGGCUUUUGCAUAUUCGAAGAUAUUUAUGGAAGCUAAAAAACAAAUCAAGCAAGUCGCGUCGCUUCAGGUGUACGACGCAAGCCAAGAGCGCGAAAAGGCCAAGCAAAGAAAAGCAGAACACAAAGUUGCAAAGACCUGUGCUUUGUUGGUGUUUAUAUUCUUCGUUUGUUGGAUCCCGACAUGCAUCGAGCAGAUCCUUGAUCUGGCGAACGUUCCAAUUCCUACUGUAUACACUGACAUUGCCAUAAUACUAAUGAUAGCAAACAGCGCUGUCAACCCUUUUUUCUAUGGAUUGACAAAGCAAGAUUUCAGAGAGAAGAUUAAGACAAUUUUCGGAAGGCGAAGUGGUGAUGCUUGGGACAGUGUCGGACCAGCGCCAUCACCAAAGCCCGCCAAGAAACAUCCGAAUGACGAUACUUCAACAGUGUGA